ACGGGGCUCAGAGGGAGGACUGGGGUCUGCUCUGCUAAGGGGGUUCCGCCGAGCACUUUCUGGAUCUGCAGCCCCCACCACCACCACCCCUCACCCCCAGAGAUUGGGCAGGGGGGCUCUGUGGGCAGGGCUGUAUCAACUGGUUGCAGUUUGGUGAGACCCUUGGGGCUGGGAGGGAGCCUACCAUCCUGUCACACUUCUUGGGAUUGGCACAGGGCCUGGUGACAUUCACUCAGACUGGCAGGCGCCCCCCCUUGGUAGCUGGCACCGUCUCACUUUCAGGCUCAAAGAUGGCUUGUAGGGGACACAGUGACAUGAGAGGCACACCACAGACCCACCUCCUGACCUUCUCCCUCCUCUGCCUCUUCUCAAAGGUGUGUGCCCAGCUGUGCCCAACACCGUGUGUCUGCCCCCGGCCAGCACCCCGAUGCCCUGCAGGGGUGUCUCUGGUGCUAGAUGGCUGCGGCUGUUGCCCAGUCUGUGCACGACAGCUGGGGGAGCCCUGUGACCAUCUCCACAUCUGUGACUCCAGCCAAGGCCUGGUCUGCCAGCUCGGGGCAGGCCCUGGCAGCUGGAGAGCCACGUGCCUCUGGGAAGAGGAUGAUGGGAGCUGUGAGAUGAACGGCCAACUGUACCGGGAUGGGGAGACCUUCCAGCCACACUGCAGGGUGCUCUGCCGUUGCCAGGACGGUGGCCUCACCUGCAUGCCCCUGUGCAGUGAAGACGUGAGGCUGCCCAGCUGGGACUGCCCCCACCCCAGGAGGGUCGAGCUCCCCGGAAAGUGCUGUCCUGAGUGGGUGUGCGAGCAGGGCUGGGGGCUGGGGCUCCAGUCCCUCCCAGUCCAAGACCCCCAGUACUCUGGCCUCGCGUCUCCCCCUCCCUCUGGCAGUCUCUGCCCGGAAUGGAGCACCGCCUGGGGCCCCUGCUCCACCACCUGCGGGCUGGGCGUGGCCACCCGCGUCUCCAACCAGAACCGCCUGUGCCGCCUGGAGCAGCAGCGCCGCCUGUGCCUGUCUGGUCCCUGCCCGCCGCCCAGACCGCGCAGCCCCCGGAACGGCGGUUUCUAGCGCCCCCUGCUGGCCACGGAGACUGGCGCUCGCCCUUAGCAGCUGGCAGCAAGCGGGACUACAAGCCACAGUCCAGCUGGAGGUCACCAUGGGGCCCUGAGGGCCAAGAGUACUCACAAGGCACCUGGCUCUAGGGACCGCUGAGAUGCAGUGUGGAUGCAUGCCCUAAAAUCUUCUGAUUAAUCCCCAACCUACCCACAGCAUUUAUCCUGCACACAGUCAGCCUGCUCCAGUUUCAUCAUUAGACUGACAAGGGUGCUGCUAACUGUGCGGGCUAUGAUUUCGGUGUUCGUGUGAUGAAGAGGGGCACAAAGACACUCGGAGUUUUCUGCUUCCUUUCUCGAAGUCUUACCCAAAAUGUCUCUGAGCACAUGUUCGUGCGUGAACAUGAAUAUCGGGUUAGUGGUGUUUGGGAAGCCACCCCCAUCCGGGGCAAAAUCAGGGGGUGGAUUUUCAGGGGAAACAACGCGGUGAAUCACAAGGUCUCAAAGAAAAUCGACACGGACACUUUAAACUGAGUCCUCCUCAGUAAGAAGCUAUCUUACUAAGGCUCACCCUUCUGGGACUCCUGCAACAUGCCAGGCACUGGCCCCAAUCACUCCCCAUGGUGUAUUUGUGGCCUCAGAAAAAAGGGGAGCAUAAAGGCUGCAGCCUGACCACAACAGAACAAGCCUGAAAUAAACCCUCCGAGUGUGAAGCUUGCUUGAAGUUGAAUGUUUAAAGAAAGAGAUGCAUAUAAAUGUCAUGUUUUCCUGUGUCUGUUUAAAAAUAAAAAUCAUGCUUUUAUCAA